CUGAGAAAAGAAAUUAUGCUCUUCAAGAGAUAGAAGAUUUGCUGUUGUGUAAUGGGAGUACUCUGACAGACUUCAAAGACAUGCCUAAACCUACUCAAGAAGGUAUAGAUCAUUCAAACCGUUUCAUUACAGAAGAGAAAAAUUAUAACCGUGAUAAGUUGCGAGAAGACCAUGAUGAGUGGGUUAAUAAGAUGACUUCUGAGCAAAAAGGCAUUUAUGAUGAGAUCAUUGGUGCUGUUUUAGAAAACAGUGGAGGUGUCUUCUUUGUUUAUGGAUUUGGGGGAACCGGUAAAACUUUUAUGUGGAAAACUCUAUUUGCCGCAGUUCGAAUGAGGGGUUUGAUUUCUGUCAAUGUUGCGUCUAGCGGGAUUGCUUCUUUGUUGUUAGAAGGUGGUAGAACUGCACAUUCUAGGUUUGGUAUCCCUAUUCAUCCUGAUGAUUUCACAACAUGUCAUAUCGUGCCUAACUCAGACCUUGCUAAUAUGCUUAAGGAAGCAUCUCUUAUCAUAUGGGAUGAAGCUCCUAUGAUGAGUCGUUAUUGUUUUGAGUCAUUGGAUAGAAGUCUAAAUGAUGUUAUUGGAAAUGUCGAUGGAAAGCCAUUUGGUGGUAAAGUUGUUGUUUUCGGAGGUGAUUUCAGACAAGUACUCCCUGUAAUACAUGGUGCUGGUAGGGCAGAGAUUGUUUUAGCUGCAUUAAAUUCAUCUUAUCUCUGGGAACACUGCAAGGUCCUCACUUUGACAAAGAACAUGCGUCUUAUGGCUAAUGAUUUGGAUAAAGAUGAGGCAGAUUUAAGUGCAGACGAUAUUGAUCCUCAGGAUGGUGCUUCAUUGAACAAUCCUGUCUUCACACCUGAUUUCCUCAAUAGUAUCAAGCUUUCUGGUUUGCCAAAUCACAGUCUCAGUCUCAAGAUUGGUGCACCGGUUAUGUUACUGAGGAAUAUUGAUCCAAAAAAUGGUCUAUGUAAUGGUACUAGAUUGCAGAUAACGCAGAUGGGUAAUCAUAUACUUGAAGCCAAAGUGAUUACUGGAGAUAGAAUCGGAGACAAAGUGAUAAUCCCUAAAUCUCAGAUAUCACCUUCAGAUACCAAAUUGCCUUUUCGCAUGAGGAGAAGACAGUUUCCAAUAUCUGUGGCUUUUGCAAUGACAAUAAACAAAAGCCAGGGACAAUCACUUAAAGAGGUAGGGAUUUAUCUUCCUAGACCAGUAUUUUCUCAUGGCCAGCUGUAUGUUGCCUUAUCAAGAGUCACUUCCAAAAAAGGUUUGAAAGUUCUUAUUGUGGAUAAAGAAGGAAAAACUCAGAGUCAAACAAUGAAUGUCGUCUUCAAAAAGAUCUUUCAGAACCUAAGGAAUUAG